CUCCACCGACAGAUCCAGCUGAACAGAGUGAUUCUAACACCUGACAUAAAGCUGCAGAGAGCAGUGUUUCCUGCAGUCAUAAAAGAGGAGCAGCAGGACUGGAGCUCCAGUCUGGACCAGGAGGACAAGAAGCCUCCGCACAUUAAAGAGGAACAGGAGGAACUCUGGAGCAGUCAGGAAGGAGAGCAGCUUCAAGGACUGAAGGAGGAUGAUAUCAAGUUUACAUUCAUGUCCGACCCUGUAAAGAAAGAAGAUGAUGAAGAGGAACCUCAGUCCUCACAGCUUCCAGGACAAACUGAUCAGAUGAAAACAAACGCUGAUGGAGAGGACUCAGAACAAGACAAGAACUUGGAUCAGGAAGACUCGUCUGAACCUGAGACUGAUGAUAGCGAUGACUGGGAGGAGGCUGUAGAAAAUGAACCAGGUUUAAAGUCUCUGGAAAACAUGACAGAUAACACACAGCCCUACAGCCGCUCUCAGUGUAGUGAAACGCUCAUCCAUAAGUCUGGUCUGAGAGCUGAAGUAGCUCCUCACACAAAAGAGCUGCCGUUCAGCUGCCUUCAGUGUGACAAAAGAUUCAGCCGAAAGUGGGAUCUGACAGUUCACAUGAGAUACCACACAAAAGACAAACCCUUCAGCUGCUCUGACUGCGGGAAAAGAUAUAGCCGAAAGUCUGGUCUGAAGACUCACAUGAAACAUCACACAGGAGAGAAACCCUUCAGCUGCUCUGAGUGUGCCAAAACUUUUACCAUGAAGUUCAACCUGACCUCGCACAUGACGAUUCACACAAGAGAGAAACCCUUCAGCUGCGAUGACUGUGGUCUAAGAUUUGCCCAUAAAGGAUCUCUGAAAGAACACAUGAUAGUUCACACUGGGGAGAAACCACAUUGCCCUGAAUGUGCUAAAUUUUUUUCUCAUAAAAGAAAUCUUGCCAAACACAUGAGAGUCCACACAAGAGAGAAACCCUUCAGCUGCUCUGUGUGUGCCAAAACAUUUGCCCAGAAGUACAACCUGACCUCACACAUGAAGAUUCACACGGGGGAGAAACCCUUCAGCUGCCAUGACUGUGGUCUAAGAUUUGCCCGUAAAGGAUGUCUGAAAGAACACAUGAUAGUUCACACGGGGGAGAAUCCGCAUGGAUGCUCUGAAUGCGAUAGAACAUUUUUCCAUAAAAGCAAUCUCACCAAACACAUGAGAGUCCACACAAGAGAGAAAUCCCUCAGCUGCUCUGAGCGUGGGGAAACAUUUGAUCACAAGUCUGGUCUGAAGACUCACAUGGAACGUCACAUGGGAGAGAAACCUUUCAGCUGCUCUGAGUGUGAGAAAAGAUUCACAGCAAAAAGCAAACUGAUUGUUCACAUGAGAAUCCACACAGGAGAGAAACCCUUCAGCUGCUCAGAGUGUGCCAAAACUUUUACCCAGAAGAACCAUCUGACCACACACAUGACGAUUCACACGGGGGAGAAACCCUUCAGCUGCCAUGACUGUGGUCUAAGAUUUGCCCGUAAAGGAUAUCUGAAAGAACACAUGAUACUUCACACGGGGGAGAAACCACAUGGAUGCCCUGAAUGCGAUAGAAGAUGUUUCCAGAAAAGAGAUCUUAUCAAACACAUGAGAGUCCACACAAGAGAGAGAAAUCCUUCAGCUGCUCUGAGUGUGGGGUAAAAUUUGAUCAGAAGUCUGGUCUGACGGCUCACAUGGCAGAUCACAGAGGGUAGACUACUUCCAGCUGCUGUCUUUGUUACCAUGGAACCUUUUUUUCCUUUGGCACGUCCACAUCAGCAGAGAUCCAGAGGAACCUACGAGACAAGGGAGCUCAGGGACUCCAGAAAGGACUAUGUUUAGUCUUCAGGAUUCACCUCAGUCUCAAAUAGUCUGAAGAGUCUGGAUCUGAGCUCCCAACUUCUUCUGAUCCUCCAUCACCUCCGGUUUGUCCUCUGCUUGGUUUUGAUAAAGCUCUGAAGCCUACCUGCCCAAAUGUGUGUCUCUUUAACUGAGAGCUUCAAAAAGUAUUUCUAAAAAUGAGUUUGGAAAAGAGGGUAGCUCUCAUAUUAGGGUUAAUACUGUUUUGUAGUUCUUACUGAGUUUUGAGUAGUGUGUGUGUGUGUCCUCAGUGAAGUGUGUCAGUCUCUGCAGAAGCUUCCAGCUGCAGCUGUCAGUUCAGUUUCUGUUCAGUCUGACUGAGGGAGGUUUUUGUACGAUGCUUUUUCACUGUGUGAACACAUACGGACUGUGAUAACUCUGACAGUAGUAAACUGCGGCAUCUUCAGUCUGGACUCCACUGAUGGUCAGAGUGAAGCUAGAUCCAGAUCCACUGCCUGUAAAACGACCUGGAAUCCCUGAUGCUCGAUUGCUAGUAACAUAGAUGAGCAGUUUAGGAGUUUCUCCGUCUUUCUGUUGGUACCAGUGCAGAUAGUUAUUAUUGUUAACAUUCUGACUGAUCCUGCAUGAGAUGGUGACGGAGCCUCCUGGAGCAGAGCUCACUGCUGCAGGCUGAGUCACUGUGACCUGUCCUCUGGACUCUGAGGAUACAGAGACAGAAACAUAAAGCAGCGUCAGGGUUUUGUGG